AUGGCAGAAGGAAAUAAGACUCUGGUGACAGACUUUGUUUUCAUUGGACUUACAGACCAGCCAAGGCUCCAGUCUCUCCUCUUUAUCACGUUCUUGACUGUCUACCUCAUCACUCUGGUGGGCAACCUUGGACUAAUGGUUCUUAUUUGGAAGGAUCCCCAUCUUCGUACCCCCAUGUACUUAUUCCUAGGUGGUUUAGCCUUUGCUGAUGCAUGUACUUCCACCUCUGCAACCCCCAGGAUGCUGGUCAAUUUCUUAGACAGGAGUGUGACGAUUUCCCUAGCUGAGUGCAUCACCCAAUUUUACUUUUUUGCUUCUAGUGCAACCACAGAAUGUUUCCUCCUGGUAGUGAUGGCCUAUGACCGCUAUGUGGCCAUAUGUAAUCCUUUGCUUUAUCCAGUGGUGAUGUCCAACAGACUCUGCACUCAGCUGAUAAGUAUUUCAUAUGCAAUUGGUUUUCUGCAUCCUCUGGUUCAUGUGAGUUUGUUAUUAAGAUUAACUUUCUGUAGGUCUAACACAAUACAUCAUUUCUACUGUGAAAUUUUACAGCUGUUCAAAAUUUCAUGCAAUGAUCCAUCUAUUAAUGCGCUAAUGAUAGUUAUUUUUGCAGCACUUAUACAAAUAUCCACUUUAAUGACUAUCAUAAUCUCUUAUACUUGUGUGCUCUUUGAUAUUUUGAAAAAAAAAUCUGAAAAGGGCAGAAGCAAAGACUUUUCCACAUGUAGUGCCCAUCUGCUCUCUGUCUCACUGUACUAUGGAACUCUCAUUGUCAUGUAUGUGCGCCCUGCAUCUGGCCCAGCUGAAGACCAGGACAAAAUAUAUUCUCUGUUUUACAUGAUUAUAAUUCCCCUGCUAAAUCCAUUUAUUUACAGCUUGAGAAAUAAAGAUGUUAUAGGUGCCUUCAGAAGAGUUACAAAGAACUAA